AUGGCGUUCGCAAAGGCUUUAGGUUUAAUGCUUGUGGCAGCUUUUACUGCAAUCAACUGCCAGCACAAUCCUAAUUAUUUGGAAGGACGCGAUGUAAUGGUUCACCUUUUCGAAUGGAAAUGGGAGGAUAUUGCUACCGAGUGUGAACAAUUUUUGGCGCCUAAAGGAUACGCGGGUGUUCAGGUUUCUCCAGUGACUGAGAAUGAAAUUAUCGAAGGACGUCCAUGGUUUGAGCGUUAUCAGCCUAUUUCGUACAUGCUUACCACCCGAUCCGGUAAUGAGGAUCAAUUUCGGGACAUGGUGACACGUUGUAAUAAGGUUGGAGUUCGCAUCUAUCCAGAUUUAAUCAUGAAUCACAUGGCUGGCGGUUCAAAAGUUGUUGGUACCGCCGGUUCCUUGGCGGAACCCAAUAACAAAAAUUUCCCAGCUGUUCCAUAUACCUCCAACGAUUUUAAUCCAACGUGUUCUAUUGAGAAUUACAAUGACCCCGUGGAAGUACGUAAUUGCGAGUUGGUUGGAUUGAAAGAUCUUGAUCAAAGCAAGGAAUAUGUCCGUGAGCAGCUCGUAACGCUCAUGAAUAAGUUGAUUGAAAUCGGAGUAGCUGGAUUCCGUUUAGAUGCAGCCAAACACAUGUGGCCACAUGAUAUGGCGUUGAUUUUGGAUACACUUGAUGAUUUGAACAUUGAACAAGGAUUCGCCCCUGGAUCUCGACCAUUUAUUUAUCAGGAAGUAAUUGACCACGGCAAUGGUGAAGCGAUAACUCGUGAGGAAUAUACCCACCUUGGUGCUGUUACGGACUUCGUCCACUCUUCAAAGAUCAGCAAUGUUUUCACUAAUGGCGAUCAGUUAAAAUGGCUUCAAAGUUGGGGCACUGAAUGGGGACUCCUUCCCUCUGAAACAGCUUUCAUAUUCGUUGAUAAUCAUGAUAACCAAAGAGCUGAAGCAUUGAACUACAAAUCAUCGAGGCAAUAUAAAAUGGCAGUUGCGUUUAUGUUGGCCUAUCCAUAUGGCAUUCCUCGCAUUAUGAGUUCUUUUGAUUUUAAACAUUCCGAUGACGCUCCACCAAGCAGUAAUGGAAAUGACAUAUUGUCACCAAUAUUCAACCAAGACGAUUCGUGUGGAAACGGGUGGAUUUGUGAACAUCGCUGGCGCCAAAUUUAUACCAUGGUCGGGUUCAGAAAUACAGUUGAGGGAACUUCCGUUAAUAAUUGGUGGGAUAACGAUGGAAACCAAAUAGCAUUCUGUCGUGGAAAUAAGGGUUUUGUAGCCUUUAACCAAGAGAAUUAUGAUUUAAAACAACGGCUGUACACUUGUCUACCUGCUGGAACAUAUUGUGAUGUCAUUUCGGGAAAUAGGUCGAAUUCAACUUGUUCGGGGAAACAAAUCGUAGUAGACGCGGAUGGAUCAGCUUUGAUAAAUAUUUCGACCAAUGAUGAAGAUGGUGUUUUAGCUAUACAUAUCGGAUCAAGAAUCUAAAUAAAUCAUAUUUCAUAAAAAAACAAAAAUA